AUGCAUAGGCGGUUCCAACAACGUCAUAGCGUACCUGAAUCGCACUCUGACAGUAGCGCGUUGAAGCGACGGGACGGAUCUACCAUCACCUUUGCAAACCCUGCCGCGGACAAGUUUUUUGUCGAUGGUACUGCCAUUCCUGACGUACCAUUCGAUGCUGGUCCCUCCUGGGCGGGCCUCAUGCCCAUCUCAGGGAAGGCAGGCGAAACGAGGAAGCUGUUUUUUUGGUUCUGGCCCACUACGAAUGCGUCCAAUGCCAACGAUCUGCUGUUCUGGACGAACGGUGGACCGGGAUGUUCAUCCCUCGAGGGAUUUCUGCAAGAGAAUGGUCCAAUCUCUUGGUCUUGGGGUCAGUCUCAACCGACCUUAAACCCAUGGUCGUGGACCAACCUAUCAAAUGUUGUGUGGGUUGAGCAGCCGGUUGGGACUGGCUUUAGUCAAGGAACACCUGAUAUCUCCAAUGACGACGAGCUGGCCGCUGAAGUGUUGGGAUUCCUGGAACAGUUUUUAGAAGUAUUCAGGGAACUCAAGGGUUCCAAUUUCUUUGUCUCCGGAGAAAGCUAUGCUGGCUUUUAUGUUCCAUACAUCGCCAAUUGGAUUUAUGAGCAUCCAGGGGGUUUGGACCUCCACCUAAAGGGCAUAUGGAUAGCAGACCCCUCGCUCUCAUACAAUGUUGUGCAGCAGGAGAUUCCCGCACUUCGCUUUGCCCAAGCGAACGCGAACGUAUUCCCAUUCAAUAGUUCUUUUAUGGCGCAACUGCAAAAUAUCUCUGACACAUGUGGUUAUACCGAUUAUCUUGACCAAUUUCUCACCUACCCUCCAGCCGGUCAACUUCCCCUCCCAGUCGGAACUAACGGCACAUUCAAUGCCAUACCUAGCUGUCGUAUCCACAGGCUCGUCCAAAGUGCCGUGACCACACUGAAUCCGGCCUUCGAUGUCUAUCGCGUUACAGAGGCGUGGCCGAUUCCUUGGAGCGUACUGGGCUUCCCCCGCUCCACUCAAGAAUUUGUCUAUUUCAAUAGGACCGACGUUCAAAACGCAAUCCACGCCCCCCAUGUCGUAUGGGAGGCUUGUCAAGGGCCAGUAUACAUCAAUGCAACGACAGGUGCUCCGGGAAAUGACCAGAGUAUCCCGUCGACGCUGAGCGUUCUUCCGAACGUGAUUGAGAAGAGUGAGAGGACCGUGAUCAUACACGGUCUGGCGGAUUUCAUCCUUGUGUCUGAAGGCACUCGCAUUGCCAUACAGAACAUGACCUGGGGUGGUGCACAGGGCUUCCAAACACCAAUCGAAGCGGAGUCGUUCGUCGUUCAAGACUUUGGUGUUUAUGGAAAUAUGCAUCAAGAGCGCAAGCUAACCUAUGUCGAGUUUUACUAUAGCGGACACAUGACCCCGCAGUUCGUCCCCUGGGCUGCGUUCCAAACGAUCGCAUAUCUACUUGGAAAAGCCGAUUCUCCCUCCGCCUCCUAA